UUCAAAUGGAAACUAAUUUUAGCUGUUUUAACACAUCUAAUAAUGUAGACAAAUCACUGACACCUGGACGAAUAAUCAUUGGAACAUUUCUCGUUUUAAUUACGUCUUUUACUGUAUUUGGAAAUAUCCUUGUUUUAGUUGCAGUUAAAAGAGAAAAACAACUUCAAACAAAGUUUAAUACUUAUAUUGUUAAUUUAGCGGUGACCGAUUUAACUGUAGCUUUAACCGCCAUGAGUUUCUAUACAACUGAUAAUAUCUUGGGAUAUUGGCCUUUUGGAAAGUUCCUCUGUGGAGUGUGGAUUUUCAACGAUUAUGGAAUGACAUUUGCCUCCGUUUUUACUAUAAUUGUUAUAUCAAUCGACAGGUUCUGGGCGGUUACAUGGCCGAAUCACUACAAAAACCACCAUACAAAGAAAAAGUGUGCAGUAUCAAUUGCAGUUGUAUGGAUAUGUAUGGUAGUUCUAUGGCUUCCUUCCUGUAUUGUGGACCGGGUAACACAUGCCGAUAUAGAUGUUACUGUUUGUAUCUGGGAUCCAGCUAUAAAUCAGAAAUUUGUUAUUGUCAUAGCAAUAAUUGGUCAUCAUGGAUCAUUCUUUGUAAUACUGUUCUGCUAUAUUCGCGUUUUUUAUACUCUUAGAAAGCGAAACAGAUUUGCAAGAAGAAUAAGACCAAAACCAGUUACAGUUCAUAAUCUCUCUGUUAUUUGCCCUUCUACAAUGGAAACAAAAGUGUCUUCACCGGAAACGAAAUACGAUGAGUCAUCAUCACCAGAGAUCACCGGAGAUCAUUUAAAACCAGGAAAGGUGCGAAAGAACUCGAAUCCAGGAUUAACAGGAACAAAUGCAACAACAAGUAAAAUUAAACAAGAAGAAUCAGAUAACAAAAAGCAGUUAUCAACUCGAGAUAGGAGAGCAUUCGUCACACUUACGUACAUUAUUGUAGGUUAUGUAAUAUGUUGGUUUCCUUUUCAUAUAGUGUUUGACGUAAGUGCUGUCAAACCAGACGCUGUUUCCAACACGGUGUAUCUUAUAACAUUCUGGUUAACUUAUCUUAACUCUACUAUUAAUCCUUUUUUGUAUAAUUUCAGCAACCCCGAAUUUCGUAAAGCAUUUAAAAAAAUCUUACUACGAAGAAAAUAAAUUACCUGAUGCGUUUUGAUUUAAACUGAGUUGAUCUAAAUAACCAUUGGGUCCUUUUGUAGGGUUUUAUAAAAAUCACUUUGAUUUAUGAUAAGCUGGUCAUCCUAUAUUUAUGCUAGUACCUUAUUCUAUGUGUCAUUGAUAUAAAUACCUUGUUAUGAAAUACUGUUUUUCUUUUACAAAAUUGUAUUGAGGUUCAUAUCCUUCCAUCUCAUUAAAGGGUUGAAUGAAAUCGUUGUUAACAUGAAGCUUUGAUUGUAUUAUCAGUUAAAAUUGUCAUUGUAAAGAUAACAACACAUUAACCUCAAUUAAUAUGAUCACAUAGCAUCAAGAGUAAUCGGGGUAUAUCAUAUAGAUAAUAUGACACGCCCUUUUUGUAGAAUACU